AUGGCAAAUAUAAAUCCUCGUGUUAUUAAAGUUGAGUAUGCUGUUCGAGGUCCUAUUGUUAUUCGUGCUGGUGAAAUUGAAAAACAAAUAAAAGAAGGUCAACAUAAUUUUCCAUUCGAUCGUGUUAUUCGAGCUAAUAUUGGUGAUUGUCAUGCUAGUGGUAAUCAAGUACCUGUUACAUAUAUUCGUCAAUUUCUUGCUGGUUGUACGUAUCCACCGUUGAUAGAUUCGUCAGAUUUUCCAUCAGAUAUUAAACAAAAAGUUCAACGUUUAUUAUCUGUAUGUGGUGGAAAAAGUCUUGGAUCAUAUACAGAAAGUCAAGGAUUAAUAACAGUACGAGAAGAUAUUGCAAAAUAUAUACAAGAACGUGAUGGUUACCCAUCAAAUCCAAGUGAUAUUUAUCUUUGUAAUGGAGCUUCAGAUGGAAUUAAAACAGUAAUUAAACUUCUUAUGAAUAAUGAUCCAAAAAAACCAUCAGGAAUUAUGAUACCUGUUCCACAAUAUCCAUUAUAUAGUGCUACUUUAUCUGAAUAUGGUGCUCAUCAAAUUGAAUAUUAUCUUGAUGAAGAUAAUAAUUGGGCAUUGAAUAUAGAUGAAUUAGAACGAGCAUUAAAUCAAUCUAAAGAACAUUGCGUACCACGUGGUAUUGUUAUCAUCAAUCCUGGAAAUCCUACAGGUCAAGUUCUAUCACGUGAAAAUAUUGAAAAUAUAGUUCGUUUUGCUGAAAAACAUCGAUUAUUUAUAUUGGCUGAUGAAGUCUAUCAAGAAAAUACUUAUUUACCAGGUUCAAAAUUUUUUUCAUUUAAAAAAGUUUUAAUGGAUCUGGGUGCACCAUAUAAUCAUAUGGAAAUGGCUUCAUUCCAUUCAGCAUCAAAAGCAUCAAAAGGUUGGCAUGGCGAAUGUGGUUCUCGUGGUGGUUAUUAUGAAUUAAUUAAUAUUGAUAAAGAUGUACGAAUGCAAGUAAAUAAAUUAAUAUCUGCAUCAUUAUGUAGUGCAGCUUGGGGUCAAGCUAUGAUGGGAGCAAUUAUAAAUCCACCAAAAGAAGGUGAACUAUCAUAUGAAUUAUAUAAAAAAGAACGUUCCGAUAUUGUUAGUCGAUUAAAACAAAAAGCCGAUCUUGUUAGUCAAUUAUUUAAUUCUGUUGAAGGUGUACGAUGUAAUGCUGUCAUGGGUGCUAUGUAUGCAUUUCCACGUAUUGAAAUACCUGAAAAAGCAAUUCAACAUGCUAAAUCUAAAAAUAUGGCACCUGAUGCAUUCUAUUGUUUUCAAUUUCUUGAAAAAACUGGUGUAUGUGUUGUACCUGGUAGUGGUUUUAAACAAAAACCAGGUACCCAUCAUUUACGUACAACAAUUUUACCACCAGUUGAUCAGAUGAAAGUUAUGUAUAAUUCAUCUAUUAUGUUAAAAAGUGCAAGACAAGUUGUACCAUUUAAUAAAGUACAAGGUGUAGCUUCAACAAAUGUUCAUGCAUAUUCAAAUGGUGAUGAUGAUUUUUUUUCUGUUGAACGUCAUUAUUUACAUGGAAUAUUUAUGGGUUUUAAAUGGCAAUGUGUUGAAUUUUCACGUCGAUGGUUAUUAAUGCGUAAAAGUUGUAUAUUUCAACCGGUAGGACAUGCUGCUGAUAUGUGGCAUGAUUUAAAAUUUGUUGAACGUGUUACUGAUGGUAAAAAAUUUCCUUUAAAAUUAUUUCCAAAUGGUUCAUCACAUAAACCAAAACGUGAUUCAUUAUUAAUUUAUUCACGUAGUACAGAAUUACCAUUUGGUCAUGUUGCAGUUAUAUGUGAUAUUGUACCUAAUUUUAUUCGUAUAGCUGAACAAAAUUUUAUUUAUCAUAGUUGGUCAGAUAAUUAUGCACGUGAAAUUCCUAUUGUUAUUAAAGAUAAUUGUUAUUUUCUUGAAGAUGAAGAUGAAAUAUGUGGAUGGAUUGAAAUUGAAGAUAAUGAUGAAUUACAACCAUUAGAUGAAACAAAACUUGAUUCAAUAUUAAAAAAAUAUCAAGAAGCUAAACCUAUAGGUACAUUAAAACGUUGUUCAAUAACAGAUAAAACUUUUCAUUCAAUGAAUAAUUGGUUGAAUAAAGAUGAUCCAGCAGAAAAAUAUUUCAUGGAUUUAUUUGGUGCAAAUUUAAUACGUGCUGAUACAGAUACAUUACCUUAUUAUAAAGUUGAUCAAGAUUUAACAUUAUCUAUAGGUAGUACAUCAAAUGAAUUACAUGAAAUGUUUAUGGAUGCAACAAAUUAUGUUAUUCAAAAUGAUGAUAUAUUAAAAAAUUUUUGUAUACCAGAAAUUUUUUGGCCUAAAAUUCGUGAAUCAUGGUUACAUGAAAGAGAUUUAGCAAUGACUGGACGUUUUGAUUUAGCAUUUGAUGGUCAACAAUUAAAAACAUUUGAAUAUAAUGCUGAUAGUGCAUCAGCAUUAUUUGAAAUGGCAAUUAUACAAGAAAAAUGGGCACAAGCUGUUAAACUUAAUCAUACAUUUAUGUCUUCAUUUCAAUUACAUCGUUUAUUAGUUAAAAGUUGGAAAAAAAUUUGUUCUAAUUUAAAUAUAAAUUAUGUUCAUUUAUUAAUUGAUAAUGAUAAAGAUGAAAUUUUAACAGCACUUUAUAUGCAAAAUGUUUUAAAAAAUGCAAAUAUUGAAUCAAAACUAUGUAUUUUAUUUAAUAAUUUAUAUUGGAAAGAUUCAAAAAUAAUUGAUAAUGAUGGUAAUGAAGUUAAAUUAAUAUGGAAAACAUGGAUGUGGGAAACUAUUUUUAGUGAUUAUUUACAAGCUGAACAAAAUGGAAAUUUAAAUAGAAAAAUUAAUAAUGAACAUCCACGUUUAUGUGAAAUUGUAUUAAAUGAUCAUAUAAAAGUUAUUGAACCAUUAUGGAAAGUAAUACCAAGUAAUAAAGCCAUAUUACCUAUUUUAUGGUCAAUGUUUCCUAAUCAUCCACAUUUAUUAUGCACUGAAUGGACAUUAACAGAUAAUUUAAAACAACGUGGUUAUGUUAAAAAACCUAUUGUUGGUCGUUGUGGACAUAAUGUUACUUUAUUUAAUGCUAGUGGAGAUUCUGUUCUUGAUGAAACACAAGGAAAAUUUAUUGAUAGAAAUAUAAUCUAUCAAGAAUUAUUUUUAUUACCAAAAUAUGAAGAUUAUUAUGCUAUAAUUGGUAGUUGGAUUGUACAUGGACUAUUUGCAGGAUUUGGUAUACGAGAAGAUAAAAAAUUAAUAACAGAUGCUGAGAGCCCUGUAACAGCUUGUUCAGUAGUAUGGAAAUAA